CACACACGACUGAUGAAUACUGCUGACAUCAUCAUCAUCAUCUGCUCUAAUCUCAUUUACUGGCUGCCACGCAACUUCUUGAAGUCAGAGGAACAACUAGUCGUAGGAUUUGUUAACGUUUGUCAGUCUUUACAGUAAUAAUCUGACCUGCACACAUGACCUGAGAUCUGCUCUGCACAGAAGUACCAGAAGAGACCAGAACCACAGCAGUCCAGAUGAACAGAAGAAUAUCUGUGUGUCCUACUGAUGUCUGAGAGUAAAAACUGAAGAGUUUGGAUUUGAUUGGCCCUUGAGUGAAACGGAUGGCUUUGAUUGGAUAGAAACGAGGACCCACCUGUCUGUCACUCUCUUCUGUGCAGAUUUGAGUCUCUGAGUCAGUCCAUCUGUCUGGUGUUUGUGUGUGAUCUGUGAAACCAGGCCAACAUCUCAUUUAGAACACACAAACACUGAUCAUGAGCGGUCUGGAUUGGUUUUACUCUCACACACACAGAUAGUUCUGAUCUUCAGUCUGAUUAUUAUAAACACAUUCAGACCACCUGAUCUCACACACAUUAACCGUCAUGGAGACAGCGGUGAUGAAAUCUCUUCUGACCCCCGUUAAGACCUUCAAACACUGUGUGACGGGAGGAAAGAAUGAAUCCACCUGGACCAAUCACAGGACCAAACGAGAGUCAAAGAGCAGGACCUGUGCACCCCGCGCCAAUCACGUGCAGGACCCGCAUCUGCUGCGAUCCUAUCAGGCCGACCUGGAGAGAGAGAGGAAAUUACGUGAAGCGAUGAAUGCUCAGAAGAACGCAGAGAGAGCUAAGAUGAGAGCACAUUUCAGGAGAAAGUACCAGCUGACCAAGAAUGCCAAGGACACGGAGCAGCUGCGAGCAGUGAGGGGGAAAGUGUCUCUCCCUCGUGAACUGGCUCAGAUGGUUCGUCCCGAAUCCCCAGCUAAAGACGACAGCUUCAGUCUGCUCGGCGCGUUCCAAAGACUCCGUUUCAGCGGGGGGGUGUUCACUGGCACCAAACGGACCGAAACGCCCACAGCCGCCAACAUGGAGCCCUGCAAGGUCAUGUGACCUCUCCAAUUCCUCAACUUCACACAGUCAUGACAUAUGCAUGAGCGUUUGUGUCUGGAGGGGACAUUUUGCACACUUACAUUACGAUGCAGUAGAUUUAGAAGUUUCACAUAUUACACUUUGUUGUUGUUUUGAUGUAUAAGUGCACAAAUGUUUCAAAGUCACACAAAGACGCUUGAAUAUUUUUAUAUUGUAUAGCUCAUGCUGUAAUUGACAUCAGGAAGCUCGUAUUACACUCAUGCAUUAUUUGUUCUCCAUGUUUUCCUCGUUUAUCAGUGUGUUUUUAUGACUUUUGAUUGUAAUGUUAUUUCUGAUGUGAGGAUUUGAAGUACAUUUCAACUGAGCUAUGUAAAUGUGCACACAUCAUUGAUCUUAUAUGAUAAUAAUGAUAAUGACUUUAGACAAACCCCUGAAAGAAAAUAAACGAAACGAAAUGUACUAUUUUUUUCCUUUAUGGAGGUACACUUGACUAACUUCCCAACAGUUUAUCUCUGUAAAGCCGCACACACUCGCCGGUAAUGUAAAGUGUGUUGUUUAAGCUGAUAAAUGUGACAUCUCAUGUUCUUGGUGCAGGAUGUUUAGAUGUAACUUUUGUAACCUCAGAAAUGUUUAUUUAUACUGAAGAACUCUCUCUGUCUCUUUGAAAGCAUCUUUUUAAUUUCUCCUGUUGUGAUGAAUUUGACUCUCAUAGUGAUUUUGCA